GCGCAUCCUACCUGCGCAGACAAAGAAAGAAAUCUUCCCCUAUGUUUUGCCUCUUUGUCCGUUCUGCCAAAGCAUGCAUGCUGGGUCUAGUUAUAUAUGUCUAUGGAAUAAGAGCAUGUUGAAGCUUGCGACGCGAACAAACUUUGAGAGAAUCGUAUCAUACAACUUUUUAUAUUUUAGAUUUAUUUAUUCCGCAAGGUGAAUGUAAGGCACGUGACAUUAAUCAGCUGAAAUAUUUUUAUUAAAAAUGGCGUCAUCUAUGAUGGCGGCCGCCACAAUCCGAGCUGUCAAAGGAAGAAAAAUUCUUUCUACUCGCGCUGCGCUUACACUGACGCCCAAUGCUGUCAAGAAGAUUAAAGAAAUUUUGCAAGAUAAGAGUGAAUAUAUUGGUCUUAAGGUCGGAGUACGGCAACGGGGAUGCAAUGGUUUGAGUUAUACAUUAAAUUAUACAAAAGAAAAAUCUAAACUUGAUGAGGAAGUAAUACAAGAUGGUGUUCGCAUAUUUAUUGAUAGAAAAGCACAGCUAUCUCUUCUUGGAACAGAAAUGGAUUAUAUCGAAAAUAAAUUAAGCUCAGAAUUCGUAUUUAAUAAUCCAAAUAUUAAAGGAACAUGUGGAUGUGGAGAAAGUUUUUCAGUGUAAUAAAAUUUAGUAUAAAAUCUAUUACUAUAAUUGAUAUGUAAUUGAAGUAGUUGGAUAUUAUUUAAUUACAUUCUACUUGGUUAAAUUAA